CAACAUUCAACAUUGACUAUCGCUCAUGUCCAGGGAGAAACUGAUGGUAGCAACCACGCAGCUGCCCUAGCAGAUCAUAAGAAGCUACAGAAAGGCUCAGAGGCCCUCCCAAUGACCUGCUAUCUCUCUUGACACUCACUCGACUGUCCAUUAUAUCAUCUCCCCCGUCCGGCCAGACAGCUCAGCUUUCACUUAACUUCGGCACCUCCUACAUCUCCGACAUCAUGGCGAUACCUCGACGAUCAGCCACCGCAUGCGGUCCAUCAGUGACGUUCUCAGGAGGAGGUUAUGCGGACAUAGCAGAACUUGAUAAGUACAAACUGGUCUCCAACAUUGGCAAAGGCAGCUUUGGCGUGAUUAGCAAGGUCCAAAGGAUCGAAGAUGGCAAGGAAUUCGCCAUGAAACAACUGGACUACUCAAAGUUGACUGAUAAAGACCGCCGGCAAAUCUUGGCGGAAGUCGCUAUUCUGGAGUCCCUCAAACACCGGAACAUCGUCCAGCUGGUUCAGAAGAUCAAGGACCCCAAGAACGAGCGAAUCUACAUCGUUAUGGAGUACUGCACCUCGGGUGAUCUAGGCACGAUGAUACGGAAGGCUCAGAAAUCUGGGCAGCCUCUGAACGAAGAUCGUAUUUGGAAUAUCUUCCUUCAAAUCACCCUCGCUCUCCAUCACUGCCAUUGGCCAGCUGAACGCCCGUCAUCUGCUCGUCAAUCUGGCAGAACGAGCACCGCUGCUGCGGACAACGUACCCAGGUAUCAGGUCCUUCAUCGAGAUUUGAAACCAGAGAAUAUUUUCCUGUCUGACGAGUUUGUAAAGCUGGGUGACUUUGGACUCAGCAAGGAUAUGGGUAACUCGGCAUUCACCAGCACUUAUGUCGGCACCCCCCUGUACAUGCCCCCCGAGAUUCUGGCUGAGAACCGAUACGACACAAAAUCAGAUAUAUGGAGUCUCGGCUGUGUCGUUUUCGAGAUGUGUGCCCUGUCGUCUCCAUUUUCUACCGCUCAAACUCAGGCCGAGCUCAUAGCAAUGGUCAAGUCUGGCCGACUGCCACCUCUACCGUCGUCGAUAUCACCGGAAUUAACGCAGGUUGUCAAGGCGAUGCUGACGCUAAAUCCCGCUAAACGCCCGACAACCAAGGAUCUACUGGAGCUGAGCGAAAUGAAGAUGCACAGAAAGCUAUUCACUGUGCAGAAUCAGGCUGCUCUUAUUGUGUCCCGGCGUGAAGAGCUGAGACAGCUUGAGGAGCGCCUGAAAGCACGAGCUGCUAGUUUGGACGAGAAGGAGAAACAUCUUGCAGCUAUGGAAGCCAGUCUGUUGGCUCGUGCUCACGAGCUCGGAACAAGGGAAGAAGAGACUCGAGAGACCAAGCGUCGUCUCAAUGCGGCCGCUGAACAAUUGCGAGAUCACUGGGAUCGAAUGAGGGAGGAAAAUGAUCGGACACGAGAUUCCCUUGGAAUGCCCAUGUUGGGAGCAAGCGAUGCGCCCUCUAUGUCACGACGGGGCUCUUUAGCUCCAAGCAGACCGGCAAUAGAAGAACGUAAUUCCGCACCAGUCAUCUCCGCCACUGGCCGCCACUCCAAGGCCGCCGUACAGUCGACCAUUAGCGCCUACGAUGAUACUCCAUCAAAGAUCCCGUUCUUGUCCAACGCUUCUGGUCACUCAGGUGAUCGACCAGGAUCUCGAGCAGCGACGCCACUGCGACGUAAUGCCACCAAGUCAAUGGGCAAUCUCGGCUCGCAGUAUCGUAUGGAUCAAGCACGCCACGAAGGCACACCCGCGCGUCAGGUCCUGCCUCAUUUCGGAGCCAAGCAGAGAUCCAGUAUCGGCAGUCCGUCUGAUGUUCGGAUGGACCAAGACAUCUCCAUGGCAUCGCCGGCUUCCUCAGCAUUCAUGUCUCCUGUGCCUUACAUGCCCCGACCAAGGCGAUCUUCCAUCGCCCCAAGUGCAUAUUCGACGCAAUCAUCAUCGCGACCACCGUCCACCUCUACGUCCACAGAUUCGAUUACAUCCGCUGAUCACACCGAAAACGAUCGUCGAUCGCAUGAAUCCAAUGAGAACGUCCCUGUCGUCCCGCCGACCAUGAUUCCUGGACCUGCGAGCUUUGUCUAUCGAGAAGCAGCUACUCCAGCAAAAUGGGGCGCAGAAGAUCCCGAUCUGCCAUCCCCAUUCAUUCGGCGCAUGCCUACUGCUCCGGCUCGAUUGCAACAGAAUGGAGACCAAUACGUUCAGCAAGGGAUCAUUCCUACUCGUCAACCUCUAGGCAGUAUUGACGUCCAGCCGUCCGUCGGAGUUGGCAUAGGACAUAUCACUGGGAACAAGAAGGCUCCUCCUCGAAGUCGAUCCGGGACUUUGCAUCAACAAGUCUUGAAGAGCAAUGCGGCGAGGACAAGUGAAGGAGCAACGGGGAGGAACAGAAUCAGUGUAGCGAGAUGAGCUGGGAGACAUGAGUGCGAGAGUGGAGUCUUGUAUGUAGUACGUUGUAUAAUUCAUGGGACAUUGGUCGUUUUCGGACCUGGCUUUUUUUUUUUUUUUCCUUCACGGUGGCAUGCAAUCUGCUUUU